UAAAGCAGAGGACUCAAAGGACUUGAGUCUUAACCAACACUAGUAUCAUCAUCACGUAGAUAAUGCCAAUUAAUUACUUAGUCAAUAUACGAUAAAGUGAUAGGUACCUACAAGGCUCACACAUUUUAUUUGUUAUUCGGCGUAAAAGCUGAUCUUCUUCGUACUCCGAUUAAAUAUUUAAAUUAGUGUUUAACUAUGUUGUGGCUAUUAGUAGGAUUAUUAGCAAUUGUAAUAAUAUUGAUUUAUUCAUACGGGACGCGGACUUUCAGCUACUGGACCAAGCGUGGGGUCAAACACGAUGCUCCCAUACCAUACUUUGGCACCGCGAAACGACAGUUCCUCCAGCAAAUAGCCUUUGCUGACAUUUACCAUGAAAUGUACCAGAAGUAUCCCAGCGAAAGAUUCGUUGGAUACUACCUCAUGACUACUCCGGUGCUAAUUCUAAGGGAUCCCCAAUUAGUUAAACACGUUUUAGUGUCUGAUUUCAACCACUUCUCCUCCAGAAACGUGUUCCCGAUGGACGAUCACCCUGAACCCUUAUUGAAAAAUCUGUUUACCAGUGAAGGCGAUCUCUGGAAAUUGUUGAGGCAGAGGAUGACACCCGCGUUCACGACCGGCAAGUUAAAGGCGAUGUUUCCCCUGAUCAUGGCGAGGGCUGAGAAGCUGCAGCGAGUGGCGGCCGAGGCGGCGGCGAGCGGCACCGAGGUCGACGUGCGGGACCUCAUGGCGCGCUACACCACCGACUUCAUCGGCGCCUGCGGCUUCGGCAUCGACACUGACACACUCAGUGAUAAGAACAGCAUGUUCAGAAAGCUGGGUCAACGCAUAUUUAUUCAAGAAAAAAGAGAUAUAAUUGUAGCGAUCCUUAAAUAUACCAUGCCCAAUUUGAUGACUAGUUUUCACUUCUUUGCGCCAGAGGUUGAGAAAAUUAUUAUGACGUUGGUAAAAACCAUAAUGAAGGAGCGAGAUUAUAAAAAUUCGGGCAGGAAUGAUUACAUCGACACGAUUUUGGAUUUGAAAGAGAAAGGGAAAAUGAUAGGCGAAUCUCUGGUGUAUAAGAAAGCUGAUGGCAGUCCUUGUGUGGCUGAGAUUGAGAUGGAUGAUGAAAUCAUGGUGGCACAAGUGUUCGUGUUCUUCGCUGCCGGGUUCGAGACGUCCUCUGCAGUGACCAGCUACACGCUGCACGAGCUGGCGCACCAUCCUGAGCACCAGAGGAGGUGUCAGGAAGAAAUUGACGCGGUACUAGAGCGUCAUGAUAACAAAUUAUCUUAUGACGCCGUCAAGGAGAUGAAGUUUUUGGAAAUGUGUCUCAGUGAAGCCAUGAGGAUAUUCCCCUCCAUCGGCUUUUUGCAACGCAUGUGCGUGAAAGCGUACACCAUCCCAGGCACGGACAUGACCAUCGAUCCCGGGGUCAAUAUUAUCGUCCCGGUCAAAUCGUUCCACCUGGACCCGCAGUACUUCCAGGACCCGGAGGAGUUCCGUCCGAAACGGUUCCACCCGGACAACGUCGCCUACAUCGACAAGUAUACAUAUCUGCCCUUCGGGACCGGACCGAGAGCUUGUAUUGGAGAGCGUCUAGGUUACAUGCAAUCACUGGCCGGUCUCGCUGCCCUGCUGAGCCACUUCUCGGUGGCUCCGAGCAUCAGCACGCGCCGCAAACCGAUCAUAGACACCAGAGUCUUGGGCGUCCAGAGCGUCAAGGGAGGCCUACCCCUGGCCCUUACCGCCAGGAAAAAGACCCAGUGAAGGCACUGAAGUCUGUCUAAAUCAACUCUGCAUUGACUUUGACGUGACAAAGUAUGAAAUUACCGCAAUAAACGUCAUACUUUCAUGGAAA